AUGAAGGAGGAGAACUUGUUUCAUCGGAGGUUGUCUCUGUCUCCCAACACCACCUCUCCCUCCCCUCCUAAGCUCGACCACCGCUCUCUGACCCGGAACAUGUCUUACGGAGGAGACAGCGACCUCUUCCUGCACAGCCCAGGUAAGGCUGGGGUAUUUUCACUAGUAACCAAAUGGAAGCAAACUCACCGCUCACCAAACUCAUCGAAACGAGUCCCACAAGUUUUCGUUGCAAAAAGGCUUGCUAUGGUGUACACUAAUGAAUACACCCCUUGAUAUAUACUCCGCUAGACGUUUCCGUAACCACUUUGUGACAUCACCACACACCGCACAGAGAUUUUAAUGCAUGCUGUAGUGUCACGCUCUGGCUCCGGGACUCUGUAUGUUGAGCCAGGGUGUGUUCGUUUAUGUGUUCUGUUUCUAUGUUGGGUGUUCUAGGUUGUCUAUUUCUGUGUUUGCCUGAGUGACUCCCAAUCAGAGGCAACGAGUGUCAGCUGUUCGCUGGUUGUCUCUGAUUGGGAGCCAUAUUUAAACUGUCUGUUUUCACCUUGUGGUUGUGGGUUUUUGUUCCGUGUCGGUAUUUGUUUACCGUUGGACGUUACGAGUUAUUUAUUGUUUUGUUCGUGCUUUAUUAAAUAAAUUCUAAACAUGUUCAUUCAACACGCUGCGCAUUGGUCUACUUCUCUCCCUGACGAUCGUGACAGAAAAACCCACCAAAACUGGACCAAGCAGCGUGUCCAGGAGCCAUCGCCAGGGGAAUCGCUUGCAGAUCUCCGUGGCAACCUCGACUGGGUCCAGCCUUGUAAAGAGCAGAGUGGAUGGACUUGGGAACAGUGGAGGAAGAGUCUCGACUGGGUCAAGCCUAAGGAGGAGCAGAAUGGCUGGAGUUGGAAGCAGGAGAGCGAGAGUUGGGCGAGAAAUAUAGAGGCCUGGCCCACGGGGAAGAGAGACCCCCAGAAAUUUUUAGGGGGGGACUAACGCCGUGGACGACGGGCCAGCAGGAGACCGCGGCAGAGCGGCCCAGCGGAUUGGCAGAGGAGGCCGCCAGGUUAAGGGGGCCACUGGUCACAGAGGAGAGGGAAAGUGUGGAGGCACGGCGAGUGGUACUGGGGUGUGUUACCAGUCCGGUCCGGCCCGUUCCUGAUCCCUGCGUAGGGCCAGUGGUGUGUGUCCCCAGUACGGUCCGGCCUGUUCCUGCCUCUCGCACCAAGCCUACGGUGUGCGUCGACAGCCCAGUCCGGCCUGUUCCUGCUCCACGCACCAAGCCUACGGGGUGCGUCGCCAGCCCAGCCCGGCCUGUCCCUGCUCCACGCACCAAGCCUACGGUGUGCGUCGCCAGUCCAGCCCGGCCUGUCCCUGCUCCACGCACCAAGCCUACAGUGUGCGUCGCCAGCCCAGCCCGGCCUGUCCCUGCUCCACGCACCAAGCCUACGGUGUGCGUCGUCAGCCUGGUCCAGCCCGUUCCUGCCACUCGCACCAAGCCAGGGGUGCGAGUCGUCAGCCUGGUCCAGCCCGUUCCUGCCACUCGCACCAAGCCAGGGGUGCGAGUCGUCAGCCUGGUUCAGCCCGUUCCUGCUACUCGCACCAAGCGCGGGGUGCGAGUCGUCAGCCUGGUAAGGCCCGUCGCUGCUCCACGCACCAAGCCAAGGGUGCGAGUCGUCAGUCCGGUGAGGCCCGUUCCGGCUCCACGCACCAAGCCAGGGGUGCGUAUCGUCAGCCCGGUCCGGUCCGUUGCUUCUCCACGCACCAAGCCAGGGGGGCGCAUCGUCAGCCAGGUCCGGUCCGUUCCUGCCUCACGCGCCAAGCCAGGAGUGCGCGUCGUCAGUCUGGUGCCUGAUCAGGUACCGGUCAGCUACUCCACAACGGAGCGUAAGCAAUCCGCUCCGUCGAUGUCCAGUCCAGAUCCAGCCAGCGGGGUCAGACCGGACCAGGGGCGCUACGGGGGAAUUAUGGAAGGGUGGUGGUCAAGCCCGGAGCCGGAGCCGCCUCCGAGGAGGAAUGCCCACCCAGCCCUCCCCUGUGUGGGUUUUGUUGAGGCACGGUCGCAGUCCGCGCCUUUAGGGGGGGGUACUGUCACGCUCUGGCUCCGGGACUCUGUAUGUUGAGCCAGGGUGUGUUCGUUUAUGUGUUCUGUUUCUAUGUUGGGUGUUCUAGGUUGUCUAUUUCUGUGUUUGCCUGAGUGACUCCCAAUCAGAGGCAACGAGUGUCAGCUGUUCGCUGGUUGUCUCUGAUUGGGAGCCAUAUUUAAACUGUCUGUUUUCACUUUGUGGUUGUGGGUUUUUGUUCCGUGUCGGUAUUUGUUUACCGUUGGACGUUACGAGUCAUUUAUUGUUUUGUUCGUCCUUUAUUAAAUAAAUUCUAAACAUGUUCAUUCAACACGCUGCGCAUUGGUCUACUUCUCUCCCUGACGAUCGUGACAUGUAGGUUAUAACUUUACACAAGCGCCAGGGACGUAUUGUUAAGAAGAACGUUUUGGGGAAGUAUAAACUACACACACCUUCAACCUUUCAGUCCCAGCGGGUGACCACUAGAAAUGACUGUAAACGAGUCUAUCCAGGGAUUGACGUUAAGCUCUUAGAGGCACGUCCAGCAAGUCGAGAGCAUUUAUUUGUUGCAUAAAGGUUUUAGUCACUUGCCCAAUUUAUUUUGGAACAAUAACAAAACAAAAACAACGAAAUUUAGAGCAUGCACAAAUUGCAGUUUUCUGUUUGGCCCGAAUGUCUUUCUGUUUACCAAACAUUAUCUGUCUGUCUGCUCUCUCUAACCUGCUCUGUCUGAUUCUGUGUGUGUCCUGUUUGCAGGUAUGGAGUCAGAGGGGAAUGGUCUGUCCAUGAUGAGUGACGAGCUCAGCCCCGCCCAGUCGCCUAGCAGCAAGGUAAGAAGACCGCGGCUGAUUGGACCUCUGUGUAACUAUCCGGUGGGUUUCCCAAUAUUGAUGGAUCUUUAGGAUGAACGAUCAGUUUUGCCAGUUUUCCAAAACCACCUUGUUAAUCACAAAUCACAUGCUUGCUGUUCUGGGAUCAGCCUCCUCUACCCAAUUUGUAUUUAUUUACUUUUAACCCUUUUUCUCCCCAAUUUCGUGAUAUCCAAUUGGUAGUUAGUCUUGUCCCACCCCUAUGGACUCGGGAGAGGCGAAGGUCGAGAGCCAUUGGUCCUCCGAAACAUGACCCUGCCAAGCCGCACUGCUUGACACACUGCUCGCUUAACCCGGAAGCCAGCCACACCAAUAUGUCGGAGGAAACACCGUCCAGCUGACGACUGAAAUCAGCUUGCAGGCGCCCGGUUUGCCACAAGGAGUCGCUAGAGCGCGAUGAGACAAGGAAAUGCCGGCCGGCCAAACCCUCCUCUAACCCGGAUGACGCUGGGCCAAUUGUGUGUCGCCUCAUGGGUCUCCCAGUCACUGCCGGCUGUGACACAGCCUGGGAUUGAACCUGAGUCUGUAGUGACGCCUCAAGCGCCACUCAGGAGGCCCCCAAACUCCAAUCUUAAUAUGAAUAUACAAUGCAGACACUGGACCAGUUCUUAGAAGCUUCUUUGUCAUAUGCCAAUUUUGAGGAGCUCGCUUUUACUGUGUACUGAACAAAAAUAACAUGCAACAAUUCCCAAGAUUUUACUAAGUUACAGUUCAUAUAAGGAAAUCAGUCAAUUGAAAUAAAUUCAUUAGGCCCUAAUCUAUGGAUUUCACAUGACUGGGAAUACAGAUAUGCAUUUGUUGGUCACAGAUAUCUUUAAAAAAAGGUAUGGGUGUGGAUCGGAAAACCAGUCAGUAUCUGGUGUGACCAUUCGCCUCAUGCAGCGCGACACAGCUCCUUCGCAUAGAGUUGAUCAGGCUGUUGAUUAGGCUUUUGAUUGUGGCCUGUGGAAUGUUGUCCCACUCCUCUUCAAUGGCUGUACGAAGUUGCUGGAUAUUGGCGGGAUCUGGAACACGCUGUCGUACACGUUGAUCCAGAGCAUCCCAAAUUAGCUCAAUGGGUGACAUGUCUGGUGAGUAUGCAGGCCAUGGAAGAACUGGGACAUUUUCAGCUUCCAGGAAUUGUGUACAGAUCCUUGCGACAUGGGGCCGUGCAUUAUCAUGCUAAAACAUGAGGUGAUGGAGGCGGAUUAAUGGCACGACAAUGGGCCUCAAGAUCUUGGCACGGUAUCUCUGUGCAUUCAAAUUGCCAUCAAUAAAAUGCAAUUGUGUUUUGUUGUCCGUAGCUUAUGCCUGCCCAUACCAUAACCCCACGGGGCACUCGGUUCACAACAUUGACAUCAACAAACCGCUCGCCCACACAACGCCAUACACAUGGUACUGCCAAAUUCUGUAAAACGACGUUGGAUACGGCUUAUGGUAGAGAAAUUCACUUUCAAUUCUCUGGCAACAGCUCUGGUGGACAUUCCUGCAGGCUAAUUGCACGCUCCCUCAGAACUUGAGACAUCUGUGGCAUUGUGAGACAAAACUGCACAUUUUAGUUGCCUUUUAUUGUCCCAGCACAAGGUGCACCUGUAUAAUGAUCAUGCUGUUUAAUCAGCUUCUUGAUAUGCCACACCUGUCAGGUGGAUGGAUUAUCUUGGCAAAGGAGAAAUGCUCACUUACAGGGAUGUAAACAAAUUUGUGCUCAAAACUUGAGGGAAUUAAGCUUUUUGUGCAUACGGAACAUUUCUGGGAUCUUUUAUUUCAGCUCAUGAAACAUGGGAACCAACACUUUACAUGUUGCGUUUAUAUUUUUGUUGAGUGUAGAUGCAAAGCUUUUCAACACAAGUUUGUUUAGACAAUUUAGAAAUAGGCCUACAUUCUACAAUGUUUUAAAACAAAUAUUAUGUUAUUAGAAUUCACGAUUUAUAAUUGACAUGCUAUGCUUGUUUCAAAAAGUGAAUCAUUUUAUUAAGGGCUAUACAUUGUUUAGUCUAACAAAUGUAGGUGGCAUUUGCUGAUUGUAGGCUACAUCCGUCAUACAAUGAAUCAAACAAAACAACACAGCACUUAUGCCUAGUGUUUAUUUUCUGUGCCACUGUGUGAUGACUCAUCAAUGAUAGCAGUUCACAUCGAUCACUAAAAGUUUCCAGCAGCACUGGCCAGGUUAAGGUCAUGUCCCCUCUCCCAUUGCCCCCCCCACCCCACCCCAACACACACACGGCUCUGUUCAUGGAGUGAUUCCGAACUACAUUGACUAUCUAUGGGGCUUUGACCUGUCUCCCACCCAACACCCCUCGUAACUCCGGAGACAAUAGCGGACUCAUCACAACACAGUCACAUACGGCUCUCUACCGAACACUCUAAAACACUCCUGAAUGUGAGUGUGUGACGGCUCACUUCAGAAAUGCAGUGUGUAUGUGAAUCAUGCAUAAACACACAUCAGACGUAGUCAGGUCCAAUAGGUGUCAAAAUUAUUGGCACUACUGUUUUCAAUACCUUUCAAAACUUUGCGAUAACACUGAUCCUUUUUCUAGAAUGUUUUAUGAGAUUGGAGAACACAUUGGGAGGGAUCUUAGGCCGUUCAUCCAUACAGAAUAUUUCCUGAUCCUUGAUAUCCUUCGUCUGCGCAUAUGGACUGCCCUCUUCAAUUCAAACCACAGGUUUUCAAUGGGGUUCAAGUCCGGAAACUGAGAUGGCCAUUGCAAAAUGUUGAUUUUGUGGUCAAUUAACAAUUUCUUUGUGGAUGUUGAUGUGUGCUUGGGGUUAUUGUGGUGCUAGAAAAUUUGCGGCAAAGUUUCAGCAACGUGGCAGAGGCAACCAGAUUUUUGGCUUUAAGUAACUGUCCAGUGUUUACAGAUUUGAUUAAAUAUGACCUAUGAUUAAUUAAAAUGAGUGAAAUAGUUUUCCUUCCAAAAAAUGGUAAUGGUAAUUAAUUAUGUUUUAAGUAGCUUUACCAUUUCCUCGUAGAAUCAGCGGUCUACUCACAUGAAUAUUUUUUUUUUUAUAUAUACAGUGCAUUCAGAAAGAAUUCAGACCUUUCUAAAAUUGAUUAAAUUGUUUUUUCCCCCUCAUCAAUCUACACACAAUACCCCAUCAUGACAAAGCAAAAACAGGUUUUUAUACAUUUUUGCAAAUACAGAUUUAAUCAAACACUGGACAGUUGCUUUAAGCCAAAAACCUGGUUGCCUGGAUCUUCCAGCAAGACAAUAACUCCAAUCACACAUCAAAAUCCACAAAGAAAUAGUUAAUUGACCACAAAAUAAAAAUUUUGCAAUGGUCAUUUCAAUCUCUGGGCUUGAAUCCCAGUCCAUAAGCACAGACGAAGGAUAUCAAGGAAAAUGUAUCGCGGAAUGGUCUAAGAUCACGUGUUUUCCAGUCUCAUAAAACAAUUUAGAAAAAGGCUUUGCGCCAUUAUCCUCGCAAAGUUAGGCAUUGAAAGGUAUUAAAACAUGGGUGCCAAUAAUUAUUUUGAAAAUCUCUUUCUCUGAGUAAUUGUAUUAGUAUAAAAAAAUAUAUUUUCCCAAUUUUUUGGAGCAUACAUUAUAGCUCAGUAUUUGUUAUAUACAGUCUUUUUUCCUCAUCUUUAACAAGGAUGCCAAUCAUCUUUGACUUGACUGUAUGUGUUAGAAAUCCUGCCCAGGAGAUCGGAAACCUGUGCACUGAAUUUCUGCUAAACUUAUUCCAAAAGUAGCUGGCAUAUACAGUGCCUUCAGAAAGUUUUCACACCCCUUGACUUUUUCCACCUUUUGUUGUUACAGCCUGAAUUUUAAAUGAAUUAAAUUGAGAUUGUUUUGUCACUGGCCUACACACAAUACCCCAUAAUGUCGAAGUGUAAUUGUUUUUCGAAAUGUUUACAAAUUAAUAAAAAAAAGAAAAGUUGAAAUGUCUUGAGUCUAAAUAUUCAACCUCUUUGUUAUGGCAAGCUUAAAUAAGUUCAGGAGCAAACAUUUGCUUAACAAGUCACAUAGUAAGUUGCGUGGACUCACUUUGUAUGCAAUAAUAGUGUUUAACAUGUCGAGCAGUGAAUUUCAAACACAGAUUCAACCACAAAGAUCAGGGAGGUUUUCCAAUGCCUCGCAAAGAAGGGCACCUAUUGGUAGAUAAAAAAUAAAGAAAAUAAAAACUACAUUGAAUAUCCCUUUGAGCAUGGUGAAGUUAUUAAUUACACUUUGGAUGGUGUAUCAAUACACCCAGUCACUACAAAGAUACAGGCAUCCUUCCUAACUCAGUUACCGGAGAGGAAGGAAACCACUCAGGGAGUUUACCACGAGGCCAAUGGUGACUUUAAAACAGAGUUUAAUGAAUGUGAUAGGAGAAAACGGCAGAUGGAUCAACAACAUUGUAGUUACUCCACAAUACUACCAAUUGACAGUUAAAAGAAGGCCUGUACAGAAUAAAAAAUAUUCCAAAACAUGCGUCCUGUUUGAAACAACUUACUAAAGUAAUACUGCAAAAGAUGUGGCAAAACAAUUCUUUUUGUCCUAAAUACGUUUGGGGCAAAUCCAAUACAACAUAUUACUGAGUACCACUCUCAAUUUUUUCAAGCAUGGUGGUGGCUGCAUCAUGAUAUUGGCAUGCUUGUAAUCGUUAAGGACUGGGGAGUUUUUAAGGGUAAAAAAAAAUCAACGGAAUAGAGCUAAGCACAGGCAAAAUCCUAGAGGAAAACCUGGUUGUCUGCUUUCCACCAGACGCUGCGAGACAAAUUCACCUUUCAGCAGGACAAUAACCAAAAACGCAAGGCCAAAUCUACACUGGAGUUGCUUACCAAGAAGACAGUGAAUGUUUCUGAGUGGCCGAGUUACAGUUUUGACUUAAAUCUGCUUGAAGAUCUAUGACGACCUGAAAAUGAUUGUCUAGCAAUGAUCAACAACCAAUUUGACAGAGCUUGAAUAAUUUUUUUAAGAAUAAUGGGCAAAUGUUGCACAAUCCGGGUGUGGAAAUCUUUUAGAGACUUACCCAGGAAGACUCACAGCUGUAAUCGCUGCCAAAGGUCAUUCUAACAUGUUUUUUUCUUACAAGUGUUAGAUUUCUUUUUUUUCACUGUGACAUUACAGAGUAUUUUGCGUAGAUUGUUGACAAUUUGAAUCCCACUUUGUAACUCAACAUAAUGUUGAAAAAGUCAAGGGCCGUUAAUGGUACCCUAUUACCAACAUGAUGCUCUACUGUUGACCAGAGCCCUAUGGUUACAUGGCUGUGUGGUAUAACUCAACGUGCAGGCCAGUACAGUAGAGCAUUUUCCCAUUGAUCAGUGUCAGGAGUUGAUGGGUCUGUGUACUCACACUACACUAAGACUGCACUGCACUCCUGUUUCAGACAGAACCAAAGAUAGCAUGGCUGUACUCUUUUCUGGUCAGACCCUGAAGAAAUGUGUGUGUUAUUUAAAUGUCAUCUAUGAAUGGGAUAGACCAGAGGGUUAUGGGGCUGUUAUAGGUGAGCUCAUAAGAAGAGGAGUGUGUCUGACUAUCAUUGACUCUCUCACAUCUGUCCAUCUCUCCUUCCUUCAGUCUGAGUCCAGGAUGUUCAACAACGGUCUGGAGGACUGCUCCUCCCCCACAGAGAAGCUGGCCCGGAAGGAGUCUCUCAAGGUAACUCAUCACUUCCUGUCCCUGGCCGGGAAGGGGUCGCAGAGAGCGGAUGUCUUGCGGGAAAAAUAUUGACAGGCAUUUAAGAUGGUUGGGGGGAGAAAAUAUUUAGAAUUUGAAUAUAUUUAUAUCAGGGUUUCCCAAUUGGUUCCUCUGGGACCCCUAGGUCAGCAUAUUUUGGUUUCAGCCAAGCAUUCACACACCUGAUUCAACUAAUGAGAGUUGAAUAAGCCUAGUUUUUACAGGGCUGGAACGUAAAUGUGCUGUCCUAAGUGUCCCCAAGGAAUGGAUAGGGAGACAUUUAACAUACAUCUAACAUACAACUACUAGUGAAAAGGAAUCAAGUUUGCAUCAAGAAAAGGUUUAGAAGCAAGAGCUCUGGUCCUUUGUGUGAUUCACAGAAUGGGGUAUCAUCCCCUUUUUCUAUUAUCAUUAGUUUGACAUACACUGCCGCCCUAACUAGGGGCACAUAAUAAAUACAAGUCUGCAUGUGUGGAUGUAUGCCAUGUGUUUGACAGUACCUCCCCCUAGUGCCAUACUUGUUUUGUCUUGUCAUUUGCAAGUCACAAAACAAUGACUCAUCCUAAAAGACUCCGUCUGUGUGUGCUGCAGGUCCAGAAGAAGAAUUACAGACAGGAGAAGAAGCGGGCAGCCAAAGAAUUGUCCAGCGCUCUGAAGGACCCCAGUGUUGUCAUCACGGCAAACUGGCUAAAGGUAAUUUGGGAAUAUCUCCUCACCCACCAUUGCUUUCCAGGGAUGUUCUAUAUUACCUUGACACAUUAAAACGUGUCAUACACACUCAUAAUGUAAUAGUAUUGAGGCCUCCUCUGCUCCCUCUCUCCAUCUCACUCCCCCCCCCAACACCCGCAUCUCACUCCCGGUAGAUCCGUGGUUCACUGAAGAGCUGGACCAAGCUGUGGUGUGCCCUGAAGCCGGGGGUCCUGCUGAUCUAUAAGACCCCUAAAUCGGACCACUGGGUGGGCACCAUCCUGCUCAACGCGUGCAAGUUGAUUGAGAGGCCCUCCAAGAAGGACGGCUUCUGCUUCAAGCUCUACCACCCGCUGGACAAGUCCAUCUGGGCAGUCAAGGUCAGACACAGAGCUCUCAUCAAUGCCAGAGUUCCUAGAUCUGGAUUACUUUAUUUGUUUAGUUUUAUUAUCAGCUUCAUAAUAUUCUGUAUUUUCUUUUGUCUUUUAGUUUCUGUCCCAUGACAUGUGCAUGGAGAGGGCCUGCUAUAUGAUUUCUGCAUUUGUGUUUGGAUGCUUUGCUGUACUUUGCAAACGGCUUAGGUUAGCAUUUGUAAUGCCAUAUUCUGGCUUCAGAACUCUUGGGUUGUGUUGUCUCAUGUUGUUACAAGUGUUAAAAAUUAUACUGAACAAAAAUAUGAACGCAACAUACAACAAUUUCAAAGAUUUUGCUGAGUUACAGUUCAUAUAAAGAAAUCAGUCAAUUUAAAGAAAUAAAUUAGGCCGUAAUCUAUGGAUUUCACAUGACUGGGCAGGGGUGCAGCCAUGGGUGGGCCUGGGAGGGCAUAGGUCAACCCAAUGGGGAGCCGGGCCAAGACAAUCAGAAUUAGUUUUUCCCCACAAAAGGGCUUUAUUACAAACAGAAAUACUCCAAGGGCUGGCGUGGUUACACGUGGUCUGCGGUUGUGAAGCUUAUUGGACGUACUGCUAAAUUCUCUAAAACGACGUUGGAGGCGGCUUAUGGUAGAGAAAUGAACAGAAAAUUAUCUGGCAACAGCUCUGGUGGACAUUCCUGCAGUCACCAUGCCAAUUGCACGCUCCCUCAAAACUUGAGACAUCUGUGGCAUUGUGUUGUGUGACAAAACUGCACAUUUUAGAGUGGCCUUUCAUUGUCCCCAACACAAGGUGCACAUAUGUCAUGAUCAUGCUGUUUAAUCAGCUUCUUGAUAUGCCACACCUGUCAGGUGGAUGGAUUAUCUUGACAAAGUAUAAAAUGCUCACUAACAGGGAUGUUAACAAAUUUGUGCACAACAUUUUAGAGAAAUAAGCUUUUUAUUCAUAUGGAACAGUUCUGGGAUAUUUUGUUUCAGCUCAUGAAACAUGGUACCAGCACUUUACAUAUUGCGUUUAUAUUUUUGUUCACUGUACAUUAUUCACAGCAGUAUAAAGAUUGUCAAUAUAGUGAUACUAUUAACCAUGAGGAAGUGUAAUGUUAACCCCUCUGUCUUCGGUGUCCUCAGGGUCCUAAAGGGGAAAAUGUUGGCUCCAUCACCCAGCCUCUACCCAGCAACUACCUGAUCUUCAGAGCUGCGUCAGAGUCUGACGGUGAGACGUUUUUUUUUGCUUGCUUGUGUGUGUGUGUGCCUUCGUGCUAUAAUCAGAACCCAACGACCCUAGUGGUAUUAGAGCUGUGUGUCUGAGUGGCUGUAUGUACAAUCGGUGUAUGCGUGCAAGCACCUGUUGGUGUCUGACAACCUUUGACCCCUGACCCCUCUCUCUCUCUCUCUCUCUCCACCCCAGGUCGGUGUUGGAUGGAUGCUCUGGAGUUGGCUCUGAGCUGCUCCAGCCUCUACAAGCUGACAGCUAAAGCAGGGAGAGAUGGAGACGUCAGCACCUCCUCAGAGUCCUCCCAUAUACUACAACUACUGCAGUCUACUGCCCUCACUGAUGCUGAGCUACUACAGUGAGCAGCACACACAUACUACUACAGAUACUGCAGUCAACUGCUCUUAGUAGCUAUGUUUCCAUUAACUUGCCCAGUGAAUUUUUUUGUUUUUGUCGACAUUGAGGAAGUUUGCAUAGAAAAUAGAUGCAACAAUUGCCUGCUAGACAGUGUCGAGGAAGAAUGUAGUGGUUGAAGUGUUUCCAUUACCCAUUUAGGCAAAUUGCGCAUUAAUAAAUUGGUGACAGCCUGUAUGCCCUCCCACAUAUGUUUCAUGUCUCAGGUAGCCCGCGGAAGCCAGCAUGGCUAGAAUGCAAUAAUUGACUAAUAUUUGCCAUAUUCAAAUAGUUCUCAUGUGCCAACGUAUCGCCAAGGUCCGUGCCAUGGUGAAACUUGCACUCCUGUAAAUCUGAAAUAAUUGGAUAGAGAAACUUGCCAGCCAUCCAGAAAAGCAAGGCGACGCAAUUCAGCCGUUCUUGAAAGUCAGGACAAUUCUUGUCCUGCAAAGAAACAUAAUUCUUAUAGUUGAAAAAAAGUAUUAUGCAAGCAGUAGACACUUAGAAUGAAAUGUGGUGUGGAGCUUAUAGUUACGUGAUAUCAUGCCCCACGUACCUUCAAAAGUAUUCGGCAAGCAUCAUUUAUUCGAAAAACACAGUUUCCAUCAUCAUUUGUCGCAAUAAAGAAAGUUAGACAAAAGAAAAAUCCACCCGUGUCGAACGGAAAGAAAUGUUGUCGAUCUGUAGAAAACAUAUCCCAUAUGUGUUGUUUCUAUUACACAUGUUGCAAAUAUUUUUUUGGGGCGACAUUGCGUUUGUCGAAUAAACCUGUGUCAAUGGAAACCUGCCUAGUGACACUGAGCUACUACAAUGAGAAGCACAUGCAAAGGCGUAGGCACUGGUGGCUAGUGUUGCACGGUAUACUGAAACUUCGGUACUUUUUUUGAAACUUAAAAACAAAUGGUUCGGUACUACAAUUUUUGUUAUGUUCCGGUACUUCUGUCAAAUGUGUCUCACGUGAUUGAUAAGAUCAAGUCUGUAUCUGCGCAGCCCCUUUAUAGUGCGAAGAGCAGUGCCUGCUCCACUUACUCAUUCGUUGCUAGAGCUGUCUGGGCUGCAUUGUUAGCUCCCCACUCAUGCUGCACAGAAAAGUUUACACUUGAAUAAUGCAACAUGGCAUGUAGACAUUUCAAAACUUUUCAUUACUGUUUACAAAACAAUGUCCAUUCAGGCUAGAACACUUACAAUGCAAGACGAUACCAGUAGCUUCCAGCUUUAAUUGUAGGCUAACGUUCUUUGCUGGUUUACAGCUGAAUUCACUACCGUAGGACUUUAUUUGUGAUAAUAUGCAAACCAUAACGCAAAAUAUGCUGAUUUGUCAAAAAAAAAAAUGUAAUUCACUUCGUCUCCCUCGCCACCAAAAACUCAUUCACUUCUUUGUCUCCCUAGCCUCCCAUCUGGUUUCCACUAGAUUCCACAGCCACAUUCUGCCUUACUAAUGAAAUCAUUACUGUCUUAAAGAGAACACACUCUUUUAUAAAAUAGGAGAUUGCUUCUUCUAUGCAAAUGUUGUUGAUCAGUACAAUAAAAUACAAGCUCAACAUGCAACAAUUUCAAAGAUUUAGUUACGGUUCAUAUAAGGAAAUCAGUCAAUUGAAAUGAUUUCAUUAGGCCCUAAUCUAUGGAUUUCACAAGUGAAUACAGAUAUGCAUCUGUUGGUUGCAGAUACCUUAAAAAAAAGGUAGGGGUGUGGAUCAGAAAACCAGUCAGUAUCUGGUGUUACCACCAUUUGCCUCAUGCAGCGCGACACAUCUCUGGCGCCGACGAAGAUGGCGGCCUCGCGACUAGCUCUUAGGAAACUUUGCGGUAUUUUGUUUUUUAAAUGUAUUUUUUACAUUAUUAUCAGCCAGGAAAAACUAUUGGAUAUCAGAGUGGCGGUAACUCACCAGCAUUACGACCAGGAAUACGACUUUCCCGAAGCAGAUCCUUUGUUUGCUCUCCCCAGGGCAAUUGAACUGAUUCCAGAGGCUGACCCAGAACAUCGCCGGCGGAGGAGAGGCACUCGGAGCGGCCUGCUGGUUCGACCUAGGAGGCGCGCACACCACCCACCGCUUCCAAGUAUACUACUCGCUAAUGUUCAGUCUUUGGAUAACAAAGUCGACGAGCUCAAUGCAAGGAUUUCUUUCCAGAGAGACAUCAGGGCCUGUAACAUACUUUGUUUCACAGAAACAUGGCUCUCUGGGGAUAUUCUGUCGAAAUCGGCCCAGCCAGAUGGGUUCUCAGUUCAUCGCGCAGACAGAAAUAAAUAUCUCUCCGGGAAGCAGAAGGACAGAGGUGUGUGUUUCAUGAUUAAUGACUCAUGGUGUAAUUGUAGUAACAUACAGGAACUCAAGUCCUUUUUUUCACCCAACCUAGAAUACCUCACAAUCAAAUGCCGAACGUAUUAUCUCCCAAGAGAAUUUUCCUCGGUUAUAGUCAUGGCCGUGUAUAUCCCCCCCCCUCAAGCUGAUACCACGACGGCCUUCAAAGAACUUCACUGGACGUUAUGCAAACUGGAAACCACAUAUCCUGAGGCUGCAUUUAUUGUAGCCGGGGAAUUUAACAAAGCAAAUUUGAGGACUAGGCUGCCGAAGUUCUAUCAACAUAUCGACUGUUGCACUCGGGCAGCUAAAAUCCUCGACCAUUGCUAUUCGAACUUCCGGGAUGGUUAUAAGGCCCUCCCCCGCCCUCCUUUAGGCAAAUCUGACCAUGACUCCAUUUUGCUCCUCCCUUCAUAUAGGCAGAAACUCAAACAGGAAGUACCCGUGAUAAGGCUUAUUCAACGCUGGUCUGACCAAUCGGAAUCCACGCUUCAAGAUUGUUUUGAUCAUGUGGACUGGGAUAUGUUCCGGGUAGCUCGCGAAAAUAAUUUAGAAGAAUAAACUGAAACGGUGACGGAGUUUAUCAGGAAGUCUAUAGGUGAUGUUGUGCCAACUGUGACUAUUAAAACCUACCCUAACCAGAAACCGUGGAUAGAUGGCAGCAUUCGCGCAGAACUGAAAGCGCAAACCACCGCAUUUAACCAUGGCAAGGUGACUGGGAAUAUGGCAGAAUACAAACAGUGUAGCAACUCACUCCGCAAGGCAAUUAAACUGGCAAAACAUCAGUAUAGAGACGAAUGUGGAGAUCCUGGGCUUGCGUGGUUACACGGGGUCUGCUGUUGUGAGGCUGGUUGGAUGUACUGCCAUAUUCUCUGAAACUACGUUUGAGGCGGUUUAUGGUAAAGAAAUUAACAUUCAAUUUGCUGGCAACAGCUCUGGUGGACAUUCCUGCAGUCAGAAUGCCAUUUGUACGCUCCCUCAAAACUUGAGACAUCUGUGGCAUUGUGUUGUGUGACAAAACUGCACAUUUUAGAGUGGCCUUUUGUUGUCCCCAGCAAAAGGUGCACCUGUGUAAUAAUCAUGGCGUUUAAUCAGCUUCUUGAUAUUAUUUUGGCAAAGGAGAAAUGCGCACUAACAGGGAUGUAAACAAAUUUAUGCACAACAUUUGAGAGAGAAGCUUUUUGUGUGUAUGGAACAUUUCUUGGAUAUUUUAUUUCAGGUCAUGAAACAUGGGAGCAACACUUUACAUGUUGCGUUUAUAUUUUUGUUCAGUGUAAUAUGUUCUCCUAGCAGUUGCCAAUACAAUAAGUCCUAAAUGGAAGGGAUUGUUUCAUCUGUAUCCCCAUGAAAUCAGCUAAAACAAACUCAAUAACUCAAUGCAUGCACACACUCCUAUUGACUUAUAUGCAUUCACCUGUAUUGUGAAUAGACCUAUGCUGCAUCUUGAUUUACGCAGUUUAUUAAUAGAGAUGUACCAUUCAAAUAAGUAAUUACCAUUAUGUUUUGUAGUUAGAUUGGUAAAAACAAAGUCAAAUUGAUUGUAUAAUUGAUUCAUUACUGCAUACAUGGCUGUCUCUAAAAAAAUUCCAUUCAAAUGUAAUUAUAUUGAACUCAAAAGAUGCCCAACGAUUGAACAGAGCACUGAGUUUAUCUGUCUGGAUCAAGUGCCAUUGUGUGUCUUUGGCUAAUACGUUUUUUUAAAAUCGUUUUGGUAUCGAGUAUCGUGAUACUAAACCUGGUAUCGGUAUCAGUCAAAAUGAUGGUAUCGUGAAAACACUACUGGUGGCGCAGUCAACAUCUGCUUUAUUUAUUUCAACCCAGCUGUUUUAUGUGAUUUUGGCAUGAACAUAAUUAUAUGAUAUAGGAUCAACAUAGUGUAUCAGCCUAUAGAGUUGCUUAUUAAUUGCUUUUAACAUGUUAGCCCCAUGUUUUGCACAGUAUUUACUGAAAUGUACACUUGAUACGCAUGCCACAACACUACUACAUGUCAGUGGCGUUCUGAUUCUUAUGUGGGGAAUCCUUAGAGAGAAAAGUAAUUGUGACUGCAGGAUCGGGUGGAUGGUCCUUGCUCAAUGACCAAAGUUUCUGGGAUUUGCCCGUUCCAGGACCCCCCUCUGAUCAUUGGGUGAUUAUCAGUAUAGUCUUCCAAGGUGUUGCAAGUUGGCAUCAUAAGGAUGUUGAAAAAGAGCAUCUCUGAGUUUCUGAUCACCUCUGAGGAUAGAAACUGCUGUUGUUCAAUAGCAUCCUAAGGAUUCUUAGUGCCCCCAUGCUGUCUUAGUAAUUUAUUUUAGAUCAUCACUGUGUAAUUACACAAGUGUAAUAAAUCACUGUUUAUUUAAUGAAAACAACUCCAAAAUAUAUUUUGUAUAAUGUAUUUCUCUGAGCCUCCUUUUGGCCCUUAAAAUGCUCAGUCUGAUUGUGUGGGCGUUAGGAAACACGUUUGAAGAUAUUUACAUACACAGCCCUGAUUGGCUGAUAGGAUGGUCUAGAGCCCACCCCCUUACCCAUAUGAACAGUCAUUGGUCUAUUAUAAUCAGAUCACAUUGUGGCGUCAUGAUGUGGGCCAAAGGUUCCAUCCCACCUGAAAAGGCUGACAUUUUUUUCAAACAGCUCUUAAACAAAAAGGGCAUUAUCAUUUUUAACUGCACUGCCUUUAACAUAAAUCUGACACUUCAUUAUGAUUCCCUUUGAUUACAUGCCAAAGCAUCUAUUAACAUUUCUUUUUUUAAAUAAUUGGUUGCAUUACGGCUUAAAUUAUCAUAAAAAACCAUAGCUUCUGUCAACAUAAAGAUCUUUAAGUUAGUUUCAAGCUUCUGAUACAGUGGCACUGUAUACUGUAUAUAUUGUCAGGCAACAGCUCUGUAAGGAAAUUGCCAACAAUGAAAUGAACUGGCUCUGUGCCCAAGCCUUUGUUUGGAUCAUUCCGUCUCCUAAUGAGACCUGAGAUGGUCUUAGCAUAGUGGGGGAAGUUAGUGAUUUUUAUUGCUUUUAUAGUUCGACCACUGA